GAAGUCUUGGUGAGCGGCUGCGCGAAGAAGGCCACUUCCUUUCUCGUGCGGCGGCGAAAGUGGAUAGAUCGCCAUGAAGGCCUCGGGCACACUGCGAGAGUACAAGGUGGUGGGGCGCUGCCUGCCCACCCCAAAAUGUCGCACUCCGCCCCUGUAUCGCAUGCGAAUCUUUGCACCUAAUCACGUCGUCGCCAAGUCCCGCUUUUGGUACUUUGUGUCUCAGCUGAAAAAGAUGAAGAAGUCCUCAGGGGAAAUCGUCUACUGUGGACAGGUGUUCGAGAAAUCCCCCUUGCGAGUGAAGAACUUUGGCAUCUGGCUGCGCUAUGACUCGAGAAGCGGCACCCACAACAUGUACCGGGAGUACCGGGACCUGACCACCGCGGGCGCCGUCACCCAGUGCUACCGAGACAUGGGUGCCCGACACCGUGCCCGAGCGCACUCGAUCCAGAUCAUGAAGGUGGAGGAGAUGGCAGCCAGCAAGUGCCGCCGGCCAGCAGUCAAGCAGUUCCACGACUCCAAGAUCAAGUUCCCACUGCCCCACCGGGUUCUGCGUCGCCAGCACAAGCCACGCUUCACCACCAAGAGGCCCAACACCUUCUUUUAGGUGCAAAGCCUCCAUGUGUCUCCAGGUCUGCCCGAAUAAACUUCUUGGGAAAACCAGG